CAGCGGGGAGCGCAGGCGCGGCGCGGAGAGACCGGCGGAGCGGAUUCUUGAUUGGAAUUAUCAAAAUGCCACUGUGAUGAUGGAAAACAUUUCAGACUACUCGUUAAGCUCUUCUGAAAUUUCGAAAAUACUGUUAAUCACCAUACCUGAAAAUAAGACAAUUUCCUCUUCUCUCAUUGAAGACGAUCAAACCAAGUCAGACAAUGCCAUGUCAUCAGGAAUUGGUGCCCCUAAGGGAGCUGUUGAAAUUUUUCAUGAAAGUAAAAUGACAAAUACUGAAACGGUGAAUAAAGGCAUUUAUUUUAGUUACCCAUGUCGACGUCAUAGCUGUUCUGUAGUGAACAUCCCAGCACCAUGUGUGAAUAAAAUGAUUUCACACAUUGAAGAUGUGGAGUCUAAAAUACAGGAGCACUUGAAACGAUUUGAAACUUCUCUUGAAGAAUGGAGCAGAACUUCUGCGAGAGACUUAAAGGAAGAUUGGAGCAUUGCUACACAAGUGAAGGAGAGCAUGCCAGAAGGGAGAGAUGAAAAGUGUCCAGAGUUAAAGCAGGAAAUGGAAACAUUGCUAUCAGAGGCCAUCCAUCUCGUUAAAAGUCUAGAAACUGACCGAGCAGAAGCUGAAGAGGCUUUAAAACGACAAAGAUCAAGAAAGAAAAGGAUUAGCCUGAAAAUCGACGCUUGGUCAAUCUGGAAACUUCAAGAACUCCCGUUAGCUGUACAGAAAGAGCAUGAGGCUUAUUUGGGAGAUAUUAUAGAAUUACGAUGGCAUCUCGAAGACAGAGUUAAUCAACUGGAACACAUGGAGGAACAAAAGAAGAGGUUAGAAGAGGCUAAUGCAAAGGUUCAGACAGACAUAGACUACAUGCAAACACAUGGCCCUCUACUGAAUUCAAAACGUAACCAGGAGCUGGAAGCUUUGAAGGAAUGUUUUAAAAAAAAAUUUUAGAUAAUGGAACUAUACAAAAACAUUCAUUACCAACUUGAAGAAGCUAUAGACAACUAUGAAAAUUGGAAAUUGAGGGCUAAACAAGCUAAAGAAGAAAUGGAAAAGGAUAUUAUUAAUGAUGAAAAAGACAUAGAGAGAUACAAGAGAGAAAUAGAUAAACUUAACAAUCUAAGUGCUCACUACGUUACAACAAUAGAACAUGCAAAUGUUAGUGUAGAAGCCACUGAAGAGGCAGUUACUGAAGUACUGAAGGAAGCAAAGACAUCAUCAGAUGAAUUAUCUACUUUAUCAAAAACGCUGAAUGAUUUGAAAAAAGUUUAUGAACAACUAAUCUGGAAGCAAAAAGUUUAUAAAAAGCAGUAUCUAGAAGCACUUAGUACUUUUUAUGCAGUGAGAAACACAUGGGAUAUUGAGCUUUCUAAUUUUGCAAAAGAUCUUUCAGAUCUUUCAAUAGCACAUACUCAACUGACAGAAGAAAAUAAAAGAAUUGUGAUUGAAAUUGACAACAUUACAUAUCAAAUCAGUGAAAGUAUAAGGAAAAAAGAAAGCUAUGAGUCUGAAAUCCAAUCUUUGAUUAGACUGAAGGCAAAGAAUGAUAAGUUUCUCAAACAGCUCUACAAGGAGGCUUAUAGCAUUAGUGCUGUUUUUUACUUAACCAAAGUUAAAACGGACGAAUUGGAAGACAAAAUAGCAGAAGUGAGAAGAAAAUUCAAGGGCAGAGAAGAAUUCUUGAAAAAACUCACUCGAGGUGAAGUGGCUGCUGGAAUGAUGCUUCAGAAAAAGCUGUUUUCCGUUCAAGAAACCCAGAUACUUGAGAGGAAGGAGUUGCUAAAAAAGAAGGGAAUAUAUUCUUUAACACUGGCAGAAAUAGAGGAACCUUUGCUUAAACUGGAGGAAGAAGCUGAAAGAAUCAGAAAUCUCCACAAAGAACAUUCUGAAGUGUUUAACGACAUUAUUGAAAAGAAAAACUAUGUUAGAAGAAAGGUAGAAAGAACAAAGAAAAAAUUGCAGAAAAAGGGGAAGAAAUCCCGUGAUGCGCUAAUAGAAACUGGGGAUAAACGCUCAAUAAUUUUUAAAGAACUAGAUUCGACUAAAAGUAAAACAGUAAUUUUUUAUGCAAAAAUUAAUGAAUUGAAUCAGGAAAUAAAAGCAAAAGAGAAGGAAAGAAAAGCUUUUGAUGAGAAACUUAAUAUUUUAAAGAACAAAUUUUUAAGUAUGCAGUUUAAAUGUCAACAUGCUCAAGCUGUGUUUGAACAUCUCAUAAAUGAGAAAAAAGCCUGUGAAGAGAGGAUCUCUGAGGAAGAUGGGAGAUUCAGAUUGUUCCUUGCUAUGAGGCAAAAAACCCUGGCAGAUGUUAAAAAAUUGGAAGAUGAUUCACUGGAAGAAAAUCGACGUUUAGCACAAGAGUAUCAGAAGAUGCAAUUUGCUUUCCUAAGAGAAAAGAACAAUUAUUUCAGUCUCUUUGAUAGAAAUCUAUCAUUUGAAGCCUCAAUUAGAGACAAGAAACAGUUCUGUCUGCUGCAAAGAAGGAUACACACGCUGUGGCAGGAGCACUUCAGACUGGUGGUCCUCUACAGCCAGAUGAGACUGGCCAGGUUCCAGACAGACUCUCAGGAGAGUGUUCAGAAAAUAUUAGCUGUGCAGGAGGAAUCUUCAAAUUUAAUGCAACACAUCUUAGAUUUUUUCCGGACUUUGACAGAUGGCCUAUGUGAAAACGAUGGUUAAGCAAACAACCAAUGUAUCUUGGAUGCUGAAAUAAAAGACAAGAAAAGUCACACAGUUCAGAUAACAGUGUAAUUGGACAUUCACCUGUUUGCCAUUUCACACUUCCAUGGACGAAAAACUCACUCACCUCCCAGCAUGCUUUGCCACUCUUUUACUUACAGCAAAUCCAUAACAAUGAAACAGGUGACUUUCAUGCUGCUGUCAGGAACGAUCUAAUUUCAGCUCUGGGUGACUGAUUGCAAUUGGCUUUGCCUCAUCUGAUAAUUAAUCUAUGUCACCAUUAAUUGGAAGAGAGAAUAAUUACUGGCGGUGUUGACAGUGACUGUUCACUUCCCCAGAUUUCCCCAUCGUGUUGGCCCAAAUAAAGGCUUUGCGAUGCAGUACUUAAAGUUUGUGUAAACUGUAACAAUAUCUAUGCCCAUGUGACACUUUCAGACACUCUGUCUAAUGUACUUUUGUUUUUGUGUUUACCAAUCUUUUUUAGCUCACUGAGAGCUGUCUCUCUCAAUCACUCCUCAAUGUUCUAUCUUAAUUUUGUGGAAGUUUAAAGUUUUCAAUGAGCUGGAGAUGAAUGAUUAAUGAAUA